AUGAUAAUCAUAAAUGAUAAUAAUUUACAGGGUCCAACAUCUUUGUUCAUCUUCAACGAAGAUAAUAUUGUACGAAGAAAUGCUAAAGCAAUCAUAGAUUGGGGCCCAUUUGAAUAUUUUAUACUUCUUACCAUAAUAGGAAAUUGUGUGGUACUUGCCUUAGAACAACAUUUACCAAAAAAUGAUAAAAAACCACUCUCUGAAAUGUUGGAGAUUAAAUUUUUUUCAUGGCCAUAG